CAGCGGAGGAUCAACUUCCGUUUUGGACGGCAGACUCGUUCUCCUUCCCCUACAUCAUGCCAGCCACUCCCCUGCUGACACGUGGCAGCACCAGGAAACGCUUCUUCGCCGCAGAUCUCUCCGUCGCUGCUGAUGUGGCAUCAUCCAGCGGCCAAUCAGACGAUCCCCCCCCUGGAGCCAUCUACUUCCCUCGCCUGGAAGCAGCAGUGGCGGCGGCAGUGGUAGCGGCAGCAGCAGCAGCAGCAGCAGCAGCAGCAGCAGCAGCAGCAGCAGCAGCAGCAGCAGCAGCAGCAGCAGCAGCAGCAGCAGCAGCAGCAGCAGCAGCAGCAGCAGCAGCAGCAGCAGCAGCAGCAGCAGCAGCAGCAGCAGCAGCAGCAGCAGCAGCAGCAGCAGCAGCAGCAGCAGCAGCAGCAGCAGCAGCAGCAGCAGCAGCAGCAGCAGCAGCAGCAGCAGCAGCAGCAGCAGCAGCAGCAGCAGCAGCAGCAGCAGCAGCAGCAGCAGCAGCAGCAGCAGCAGCAGCAGCAGCAGCAGCAGCAGCAGCAGCAGCAGCAGCAGCAGCAGCAGCAGCAGUGACAGCAGUGCAACGGACUUAUGGUCGCCAUCCUUCGGGCAGCUGUUCGUUGGGUUCACCAGCGCUGCUCUCCCUCCCCCCUCUGGCCGCCUGCCUUCCCCCGUCGCCCUCUCCUCCUGGACCUUCCGAUUCACAGGGGGGAGAGGAAGGGGGCGAGAUGGGGGGGAGGGAAGGGGGCGAGACGGAGAGAGUGAAAGAGGGCGAGAUAGGGGGAGGGGAAGGGGGCGAGAUGGGGGAACGGAAAGAGGGCGAGAUGGGGGAAGGGAAAGAGGACACCAACCCCUGCAAGGCCUCGCCAGUGCUCCCGUGUGGCAUGGGUGCAUGCACCACCAAAGCACAUCUCCCAUGGGACCUGUCUAUUUCUGUGCCCUCCCGCCCUCACUCGCUCUUCUUGCUCUCCAUCUGCCUCCUCCUCAUCACCUUACCCAACAGCAGGCACCGAUCCCUGCGAGGUCCUUCAGUGCUCCCCUGUGGCACGGGCAUGUGCACCAAGGCACUUGCCCCGUGGGACCCGUCUCUCCUCCUGCCUCACACCCUUGCUUGCUCUCCUUGCUCUCCUUCUGCCUCCUCAUCACCUUACCCAACAGACACUGACCCCUGCAAGAGUUCCCCAGUGCUCCCCUGUGGCACGGGUGCAUGCACCAAGGCACGUGCCCCGUGUGACCCGUCUAUCCUCGUGCCCUCCUGCAAGUGCCCCUUGAAGCUCCCCUCCUUCCAACCCUCCCACCUCUCCGGCCUACCCUUCUGCUUCCCUGGUGAGACGUGGAGUGCGGUGGGCAAGCUCCCCUCCUUCCAACCCUCCCACCUCGCCGGCCUGCCCGCCUGCUUCCCUGGUGAGCCGUGGAGUGCGGUAGGUGAGAGGUGGAGUGCGGUAGGCAAGAGGUGGAGUGUGGUAGGUGAGAGGUGGAGUGCAGUAGUUUGCACUCUCACUAUGACCGUUUCUGCAAUGCCCUUCUUUCUUGUUUUCCCUCAUUUCCCCCCCACCGCCUUUCCCCAUUCCCCUUCUUCCGUUUCCUCCUCUUGCCCCCUUCCUCCUCCUUUCUCGUUCUCCAUCCCUGUUUCUCCUUGCCCCCUUGUACCCCAUCCCCUGUCCCCCUGUCCCAUUUUCCCGUCGUCCCCUUCUCCCCCCAACCCGUCACCAGAUUCCUUCACGUGUCGCCAGUUCCCCCGCAACCCGUGUGCCCCGGGGCUGUGCAUUGAUGACAUAGACGGCACCUACUCCUGCCUCUGCCCCUCGCCCUACUUCCCCUUUUAUUUCUACCCCAAAGGCGCUGCCCGCUGUUACCACUUGCGAUUGGCUGAGACUCGAAUGCCCACCUUCCUGUCGCCCUACGGCCUCACAUGCCCUCUCAUCCUCAACACCUACGGGCUCACCCAAGCGGACUUCUUCAGCCAAAACAAGGGGUUCCAGUGCCGAGCGCCCAUCCCUGUAGGCACUCUUGUUAACGUCACCAGCCGGGCUUUCUCCCAAUGCACUGCCAUGUACACUGCUAAUUAUGGUGACACGUGUGACUCACUCAAUGCCCUCUUCUCCACGCAGAUACAGCCGCUCAACCCCGCUCUCACCUGCUCUGAUGGGCCCAGACCCGGCCAGCUCCUCUGUGUAUCCCUCAACCAGACGUGGCUAGAAGAGGGAAUGACCCGCAUAUCAUGCAAGCUCCAGGCCCAAAUCACCCCAGCCGUGACACAAACCCCGCCCACAACCUCACCCAGCCCUCAACCACCCCCUCCUCCUCCGCCUCUAGCCAACUACACGAGCCUAGGUGUGCCCGUGACUGUGCUGCAGGGCCCGCAGACCUGCCAGCAGCUGUGGCGGGCGUUUGGCGUCGCCUCCCCCACGCGCUUCUUCCAGAUGAAUCCCGGCCUCUCGUGCGACUCGCUGCUGCCCUACAGCCCCCUGCAGGGCAAUAUGAUGAGAAGG